UAAAAAGUUAAUCAAACUUUAAAAGAACUCAAACAUCACUGUAUUUGAGUUACGUUGAAUCUACAUAUUCGUAAAUCCAAAAGCCCCUUAAUGGAAGAGGAGCUCACUGCACUGCAUUGGCCCAUGCCAUAAGCAUUCAAAAACAGAGUCAAUUCUUAUACUCUCUCUCUCUCUAUCUCUCUUUCUCUCUCUCUAUCAUCUUCUUUUAUCGUUUCGAUGGCGUCCACUGCUAUACUUGAGUUACGUUGAAUCUACAAAUUCGUAAAUCCAAACGCUCCUUAAUGGAAGAGGAGCUCACUGCACUGCAUUGGCCCAUGCCAUAAGCAUUCAAAAACAGAGUCAAUUCUUAUAGUCUCUUUCUCUCUAUCAUCUUCUUUUAUCGUUUCGAUGGUGUCGGCGUCGAUUGUCGAAUGCGACUUGCGGAAAGCGGCCAGCGCCGAACGGGCUAGAGAACACGGAGGCAAACCGGCAGGAACUUUUUUUUUUUUCCUUUUCUUUCUCUUUCGCUCUUGUUACAGUUACUGUUGAGAAAAGCUGUAUUUGGAACAAUUUUUUGCAAGUUCACGGCUAAAAACCACAGUAAUCAGUAGAAAUGAAUACAAAGUGUAAACUUCAUCCUGCAAGUAGUGUAUGCAGUCGCCAAUUUAGCGAGCCAAAUCGGCGAGGGGUGUUGGAGUCGGAGAUCAUGAUCGAAGAGUCUCUCUUUAUCCAGUGAGCCUAUUCAGCUUGCCGAAUUGUACUACUCAGCGAUCUGAUCGCUCUUCUGCUCUCCGAGCAGGCGAACUGCAGACAACAGGCUAGUGCCGAUCGUGGAGCCGGAGAUCCUGCUUGACGGCGAGCACGGGAUCGGGCGGAGAACAACGUGACGUUCGAAGGUAUCCUCCUCAAGCCCAGCAUGGUCACCCCCGGCGCCGAGUGCAAGGGAAAGGCCACACUGUGGAGCAAGUCGCAGAGUACACCCUCAAGCCGCUCCACCGCCGCAUCCAUCAUGUUCCCGUCGGGCGGGCAAUCGGAGGUGGAGGCGACGCUGGACCUGAAUGCCAUGAACCAGGGGCAGAACCCGUGGCAUGUGUCGUUCUCGCACGCAAGGGCGCUGCAGAACACGUGCCUGAAGACGUGGGGCAGGCAGACCGAGAACGUCAAUGCUGCGCAGAAGGCGCUGCUCGUGCGCGCCAAGGCCAACUCCCUGGCGCAGCUCGGAAAGCACACCGGUGAGGAUGAGGCUGAGGAGGCAAAGCAAGGGAUGUACGGCAAGAACUAUUCUUACUAACACUGCGAGUCAUAGCUGUUUCCACCUUGUACGCUUAGUUCAUUUUGCUUAAUGAAUGAAGCAGGUAACUUACUAUCUCUUUCUCAAUUACAAAAAAAAAAAAAAAAAAAAAAAAACAUUGCGAGUCCCCACAGCAGCGGGGAAAUGUAGAAUUCUACUGCUACCUCCCUUCUUGUGCUUGUGCUUUCACUGGGGUUUUUUCCUGACUAAUUCUGUUAGUCAAACUGCUGCUUUAGCCACCGUAUAUGAAUUAUCGGCCAGUCGAUUAUAAUGGUGGUGAUGCAUAACAAAAUGAAUGCAACUGUUAUAGUUAUAAUGAGCUGAACGUUUGUGAAUAAGUACACUGCCCAAUUUGUUCCAGAUUCUUGAGUUAAAACGGUUCUCAGGCACUGGUGGUUUGAGGGGAAUACAAAUGGAACUCUUUUAUUCAGUUGUUUUUUUCAGAUUUAUCCAAUAGAAAAGGGGGAAAGUACAAUUCCUAUAAAAUAAGAUUAUUCUUAGAUAAAGCUUAAACUACUAUUUUUCGCUAAAACACAAUUAGUUAUCUUAAAACACGGCGAUACCUAGAGACUAACAUCAAAUAAAUUGAUUGAUAUACGUUUCUUGCAUCACACUGAAGCCGAAAAGCUUCUUCCAGCAGUAGCAAGUGGAGGACUACACUAAUAAGUCCCUGAAAAUCCUUGUUAAAGAAUAACGGCAUUGCCACAGA